CUUAUUUAACGGUCGAAGCUUUCGGGAGAACGUUUCUUUUUUUUUGCUCCCGGAAUUACAAGCACGCGAGUUGUUUUUGCCCGUUGCCCGUGCUCUUGGACGCACUUUGGAAAGCGUUGACUGCGGGAAAGGUCAUUGCGACGCGGGAGCUCCAAUCAAUUGGCAGUGACGUUUGUGGAAAAAUCAAUUCAGGCCACUGACGGACGUCGACCUGCAGUUCGGUUCUGUGAUAAGCGGAGGAGGAUAGCCCAAAGCAGCAACAUGCCCGUGGGAACAUUCGACGCCUGGGACACGGGUGUCCUGGUCAGCAUCCUGGUCAUUUCGGCCCUGAUCGGCAUCUACUACCGCUUUGCGGGCGGCCAGCAGAAGACGACGCAGGAGUACCUGAUGGCGGACCAGAGCAUGACCACUUUCCCGGUCUCCUUCAGCCUGAUGGCCAGCUUCAUGUCGGCCAUCUCCCUGAUGGGCGUCUCCAACGAGUCCUACGAGUUCGGAACCAUGUUCUGUGUGAUCAACAUUGCCUACUUGCUGAGCACCCCGAUUGCCGCCAACAUUUUCCUGCCCGUUUUCUACAGGAUGCGAACGACGAGUGUGUACGAGUAUUUGGAGCGCCGAUUCGGCCAGGCCACCCGGCUGUCUGCCUCCCUGGCAUUCACCGUCCAAAUGGUGCUCUACAUGGGCAUCGCCCUCUAUGCUCCGGCUCUCGCCUUGGAGGCGGUGACCAACAUUCCGCGGACGUGGGCCAUCGUGGUCAUUGGCCUGGUGUGCACCUUCUACUCCACCCUGGGCGGCCUAAAGGCGGUGCUCAUCACGGACGUGUUUCAGUCCUUCCUCAUGUUUGCCGCCAUCUUCUCGGUGAUCGCUGUGUCGGCCAUUAAGGCGGGCGGAUUCGCUGCCAUCUGGGAGGUGGCCGUGGAGCGGGGACGCAUCCAGAUCGAUGAGUUCUCCCUGGACCCCACCGUGCGGCACACCUGGUGGUCACUCAUCAUUGGCGGCAUGGUCACCUACCUCUCGCUGUAUGGAGUCAAUCAAACGCAAGUUCAGCGGCUGUUGAGUGUCCGGAAUUUGAAGAGUGCUCAGUCGGCGCUGUGGUGGAACCUGCCCAUCCUGGGAAUGCUCAGCUUUAGCACCAUCUUUAGUGGCCUGGCCAUAUUCUACUACUAUCGCGACUGUGAUCCGGUGCUCGAGGGACGGAUUGAAAAGCGUGAUCAGGUCAUGCCACUCUUCGCACUGGACACCAUGGGUCAAUAUCCUGGAUUGUGCGGCCUCUUUGUGUCGGGAAUAUUCUCCGCCAGUCUCUCCACCAUUUCGUCGGCUGUAACCUCUCUCUCCGCCGUAACGCUAGAGGAUUACCUGAAGCCCCUGUACAAGGCGAUAUUUAAGCGGACACUAAUCGACUCCAAGUCCACGUUGCCCACCAAGAUUGUGGCCUGUAUUUUUGGCCUGCUCUGCAUCGGAUUGGCGUUUGUGGCUGGCUCCAUGGGCGGCGUUCUUCAAGCCUCGCUCACAAUUUUCGGAGUUGUGGGCGGACCGCUGCUGGCCAUCUUUACGCUGGGAGUUUGUACAACGCGCACCAAUCAACGAGGCGUUCUGCUCGGAUUUCUCGUCUCUCUAAUAAUUUCAUUCUGGAUGGGCUUUGGCGGACCCAAGCCGAGGCCCAUUACCAUGGAGUUCAGCACGUCCGGCUGUGAGAAUGCCACUGCUUUGCUAGCACAUGCCAUCGAACUCGGCGCAAAUAGCAGUCCGGUGGUCAUCGAACCGCACUACUUCUGGUUAUAUCGAAUUUCCUACUUGUGGUUAAGUGUGAUCGGCUUUCUUAUCGCCGUGGUCGUCGGCUACGGCAGCAGUAUUGUGCUGGCGCACUUUGGAUGGGCAGAAAACGCAGAAAUUUACAUGGACAAGUAUCAGAGAGAACUGGACUACGACCUAUUCGCACCCAUACUGUCUCGUCGCUGGCGACGCCAAGCUGAAAAACAAAACCAAACGGCUCAGGACGAAACUCUCACCAAACUAACUCAGCAAUAGUUCCGGCCGGCUUAGAAUUAGAGUAAUAUAUUUAUGAAAAGCAAAGAAUUUCCAGGAGGCGUCGGCUAUACAAUCGCGGUAUUUGCUUAGUCUUGUUACGGAUGUCGUACCUAAAAGUGCAUAACUAUGUGACCUUUUUGUAUACCUGUGUGAACAAAGCUUGCAUACAGAGCGACCAAAACAGAGUCUUCCAUAUACAUAUAGACAACGAUAAUUAGUAGUUAUUAACCGAGUUGCAAAUGUUCACAAGCAGAUCGUUCAGAGGCCUCGUAGGAAUAGUCAAAUGUUUUUUACAAUACUAUUUAAAGGGGAGAAUUCUACCUCAAUAGACAUUUACAAGCGACAAUAACUAAUUUGAAGCCCAAAAUCGUGUUGGCCGACUACUUUCCCAUGUUACGCAUUGACAGCCACAAUGCCUCACAUAAAUUAUUGAUUUAGUUGUAUACUUAAUUUUAUUGGGAUAUUUAUAUUCAUACCUACUUAAUUUUAUAAAAUGUGUUUACUCAGUUAUUUGAUAUUUACAAACAUAGUUUCAUCUUUCAUUUAGAAAAUACAGCUCGAGGUCAGGGUUUUAUAUAUACACUACAGUGAGCACCCCUAUAAAUAGUUACUAAAAUGUUCUUUAGGCUUUACACUGCGCCACAUUGUGAAUUGUGUUUACUUAUAUACCUCUAGAUGUACACAAAUAUACUAUAGAACAAAUAUAUAUAAAUAUGUGCAUGUCGUGUCGCAAUCAACUUUUAAACUAUAACUCUAAGCAGUGAAAGUAAAAUGUAUUUCUGAAAGCAAAACUGCUGACCAUUAAAUUAAACUGUUCUACAAA